AUGAGGUUCGCGUCUAAGAAUUUCAACGGCAGACCGAGCUCGCCCACCCGGGCGAUGGCGGUGGGGGAGGAGCGCCGGGCGUCCCUUGCCAAAGUUGUCUGCACACUGAAGAAUGCGGUGGAGAAGCUGCAGGCUGCGCAGGGCAUGCAGGCAGUCAACGAGAGGCGGAAGACGGCCGAGCAGCUCACACUGCAGCAGCAGCAACAGCAGCAGCAGCAGCAGCAGCAGCAGCAGCAGGGGCAGCAGCAGCAGGGGCAGCAGCAGCGGCAGCAGCGGCGGCAGCGGCCGCGGCAGCCGCAGCGGCAGCGGCAGUGGCAAGUGCAGCUGCUAAACUCGGCGUUUGCGUCGCUGGCCGACGCCGUCCUCGAGGAGAUAGAGGAGCUGGGCUGCGAGCGCGCCCAGCUCAAGUCUGACUCGUCACAGCUCAAGGCCGGGCUGCGGGCGCUCGACGCACGCGUGCAGGACCGCCUGUGUGAGAUGGGGAGGCUGGAGGACAGGGUUGAGGCGAAGAUGGCGCUCACGGCCGGCCUGGAGAGCCAGGUGGCUGCGCUGAGUGCAGCCAGCGCGGCUGCGGACCAGCGGCUGGCAGACCUGCGGGCGGAGGUGCAGGGGGCCAAGCUGGAGAAGGGCCAGGCGGUGGCGGCGAUGGAGGCGCAGCGCGCGCAGCUCACCGCCCUCCAGCGGGGCCAGGUCAAGGAGAUUGCAGGGGAGAGCAUCCGAGAAUGCGUGCCCGGGCUGGUGUCGUCCAGCGUGCAGCGCCAUGUGCCGCCCAUGAUUGAUGAGGGGUUCAGAGCCCCACUCGUCAGGCUCCGCAGCGGCGGCGUGGCUGCAAAGCGGGCAACGCCCGAGGCCCUUGAGGCGCGCUGCUGCGAGCUGCGGCGCGAGCUUGCCGCCCAGGGGGCGCUGCUGGCGGGCGACCUGGGACGCCUCGCGCGCGAGAGCAACGCGCUGAGGGCCGAGGCGUGCUCCGCGUCAAAUCUGGCCAAGAAGGUUGACGCGGACCUGUCCGCACUGGAGCCGAGGGUGGCCCAGAUCGAGGCGUCCGAGGCAGCGUCCCCCAAGGCGCCGCUGCGGCUGGUGGCCGCACUUGAGGAGAAGAUGGAGGGGCUGGCGGGGCAGCAGGCACGCCACGGCCGCACCGUUGAGGGUGUCGUGCGCGCGCUCGUGGACGACGCGUCGACUCUGGCGCGCGCGCAGCGCGCGACGGAGGGGCUGAUGGCGGGGCAGCAGGCGCAGCUCCAAGACACAAAGGAGGCGCUGCUGCGCUCGGCUCAGAAGAUUCCAGUUUAG